AUGUAUCCGCCAACCAGAAAGGAUUUCAUCUCUCUAAGCCUGACUGACCCAAACUGCUACAUUUACAACAACGGGAAACAUCGCAAACAGUCGUGCUGGAGGAAAUGGAAGCAGCUGUCUCGGCUCCAGCGAAGCCUUAUCCUCUUCCUACUUGCUCUCUCACUAGUCUUGGCACUACUGUCUUAUUCCCGCAUAUCAAAGCCAAGGACAGGUUUGUCAGAAACUGAAGAAUGGCUGCAAAUGAAUGGUGGCAGGUUAAAGCCUCCAUUUCCUGAUGUAAAUCUUAAACCAGUUGUCAAUCCCGAUUCCGUGACUGACAUGAAAGGAAUAAAUGUCCCAGUUUUUCAAAAACCUCCUAUAAAUAAAAAAUUUCCAAACAAGAGAGGGCCACCAAGCCUUCAGAAAAAUUUGAAUGUUUCAAAUCUCGUCGGAAAACAAGAUCAACCACGAGAUGAAGAGGCGGAAAAUGGGGAAAAGCAAAAAACGUUAGUCAGUUGGCGAGGAGCAAUGAUUGAAGCUGAUCAAAUCACUGAGCCUCCACCUUCAGCCAAUGAGAAGGUUGCUGCGGCCAUCCCUGCACCAGUGGGACUUGUGUCUUCAACUGGAACUGUGAACAGGCUUGAGGCUGUGCGAGAUGCCUUCAGACAUGCAUGGAAGGGUUACAAGGACAACGCUUGGGGUCACGAUGAGCUAAAGCCUAUUUCAAAGUCUUUUAGCGAGUGGUUUGGUCUGGGUUUGACCCUCAUUGAUUCCCUCGACACAAUGUGGAUCAUGAACCUGAAAGAAGAGUUCGCAGAGGCCAAGCAAUGGAUAGAAAAGGAGCUCUCCUUCAACCAAAAUGUGGACGUGAAUCUUUUCGAGACAACCAUACGUGUCCUGGGUGGUCUUUUGAGUACCUACCAUCUAACUGGAGACCAGCUGUUCUUGAAUAAAGCUAAAGACCUCGGGUCCCGGUUGAUGCCUGCCUUCAAAACACCCUCUAAGAUUCCUUUCUCUGACGUAAAUAUCGGUAAGGGAACAGCUCACCCGCCAAGAUGGACGUCUGACAGUUCCAUGGCUGAGGUCACAAGCAUUCAGCUGGAAUUUAGAGAGCUCAGCCGCCUCACUCAGGAACCACAGUUCAAGGAAGCUGUAGACGAGGUGAUGAAGCAGGUCCACAACCUUCCGGGCAAGCACGAUGGUCUGAUACCAAUGUUCAUCAACACAAACAGCGGCCAGUUCUCUCAUAGAGGCAUCUAUACCCUGGGCGCCAGAGCAGACAGUUACUAUGAAUACCUGCUCAAGCAAUGGCUUCAGGGCGGCAAGACCGAAGACGAAUUGUUGGAGGACUACGUUGAAGCAAUCAAUGGAGUGAAAAAGCACCUUGUGAGGCAGACGGGGCCACGCAAAUUGACCUUUGUUGGAGAGCUGUCCCAUAAUCGCUUCAACCCUAAAAUGGACCACCUGGUGUGCUUCCUGCCAGGAACUCUGGCAUUGGGAGCACACAAUGACAUUCCAGGGGACCACAUGGAUUUAGCUGCACAGUUGAUGGAGACGUGUCAUCAAAUGUACAUACAGAUGGAAACAGGGCUAAGCCCUGAGAUAGCACACUUUAACCUGCACGCCACUGACAGUAACGACAUUAUUGUUAAGUCUGCAGACCGACAUAACCUGCUAAGGCCGGAGACUGUUGAAAGUCUUUUCUACAUGUAUAGGUUCACAAAAGACCCCAAAUACAGAGAGUGGGGAUGGGAAAUUCUGCAGAGUUUCAACAAGUAUACAAAGGUUGCCGAUGGGGGCUACACGUCGAUCAACAACGUCCGUGACCCUGAGAACCCGGAGCCUAGAGACAAGAUGGAGAGUUUCUUCCUCGGCGAGACAUUGAAGUACUUCUACUUGCUCUUCUCUGACGACACUGAGCUUCUCAGUCUGGAUAAAUAUGUCUUCAACACUGAGGCUCACCCACUCCCCAUCUGGCCAUCUCCACCCAAGUGA